UUGUGCAACUGGAGAGUGGAUGUGUCACUUGGAAAUGCAUUUUAUUUGCGUAUAUAAUAUAUAAUUUAUUUAACAUCAAUUUAAUUUGAACAAGAGAAACUAGGAAAAUGAUCGGCAGUGAUUAUACAUUGGAAUUGUGCAACGUAUUUCAUUCUGGACAGGUAAGUACCCGGCAGUUUUUUCAGCGGUUGACUGGUGCUGUGAAGACGGGAGUUAUCCUGAAAGAUGUUUCGUUUAUCACACACAGCGGAGAGGUCACGGCUAUACUGGGCUCUAAAGGCAGUGGUAAAAGGGCUCUCCUGGACGUGAUUGCCCGCCGUGUACCAUCCAAGGGCCACAUCCUACUGGAAGGCGUGCCACUAGAGGAGGAACAGUUUAAUAACACCUGCGCGCUGGUGCGACACUCCACACGCCUGUUACCCGGUCUGAGUGUGCAACAGACUCUCUCAUUAUCGCUCACUAAGAUUUCAGGUUAUUUGAAAUCGUCCAAAGUGAAGCAAGUUAUGGCUGAUUUAGCACUAUCACAGGUAGCCAACACAUGUGUCACAAAUUUAACGAAAAGUGAAUAUCGAAGAUUAAUUAUAGGAAUCCAUCUCAUCAGAGAUCCAAUUAUCCUGUUACUGGACGAACCGACAUGGGAUUUAGAUCCAUUGAAUACGUAUCUAGUAAUUUCCAUUUUGUCAAAUGCUGCAAAAAAAUAUGGCACCGCAAUUAUACUCACCAUGGAAAAACCAAGAUCGGAUGUCUUUCCAUUUUUGGACCGCGUCGUGUACUUGUGUCUCGGUGACGUCGUGUAUGCGGGGCCAACCCGCAACCUGCUGGAUUACUUCGGGAGCAUCGGAUUCCCUUGUCCACAACUUGAGAACCCGUUAAUGUACUACUUAUGUCUAUCGACAGUGGAUAGACGAUCCCGAGAGCGCUUCAUAGAAUCCAACCAUCAGAUCGCGGCGUUAGUUGAAAAAUUCAAGCUGGAAGGACAAGGUCUAAUGCAAGGCAACCUGAAUGAGCAUAGUCGUAUAAUUAAUCCAAACAAGAUUCAGUUGAAUUACGGCAAGCCAAGCGGCUUCAAAGUCAUUUGGAUGUUGUAUGUGAGAAUGCUCGUAUCAAUAUUCAAUUUAAAGAAGCACGGUAUAAAACAAAUGUGUAUGAGAUUAUUUUGUCUACCCAUAUACUUUUUAAUACUGUGGCUCUUCUACAAUGAGGCUAAGGACUAUCAAAGAACUUUUAUAACUAAGAGUGGACUUAUAUUCAACGCUAUGGUAGGCACUUACUUCAUCAGUAUAAUGAAUACUAUUUGUCUAUUUGGUCCAUAUAGAACAAGAUACUACCAAGAAACGCAAGAAGGACUGUACAGUGGCGCCAGUUUACUGCUUUCCUGGAAUUUGGUAUCUUUACCAUUCUCCUUCAUCAGUACAUUUGCCUCAGUCGCUAUAGUUUAUUCGAUAAUCGGGGACAUGUCUGAAACAUUGGACUAUGUGUACUUCUCACUCGUGUUAUGGUCGUGCUACGUUUACACAGAGCAGCAGACCAUUGCCAUCAUGAUGUUCGUGAAGAACGGUCUAAUCGCGGCCAUUGUUAAUAUUUAUAUUACUUGUAUUUAUGUUAUGUUAGCUAGCGGCAUCUUGAGAUCAUAUAAAGGCUUUGAAGAGUGGCUGUAUUAUAUAACAUACAUAACACAUACACGGUACGCGUCGAUAUUCCUGCACCAAAAUGUGUUCAGACAACCCAUCUUCAACAACCUGCCAUACACGGACAACGAGAACUGCACGUCUAUAACCAGCCUUAUACAAACAUCAUCGAGUCUAAAUACAAAUUCGAACUCGAAUUGCAGAUAUGUGAAUGGCAAAGGAUUCCUGGCUGAAAGAUUCACAUCGAAAAAUUUCGUCGGUGAUAUUUACACUUCUGGGGAUUUCAACUUAGAGUUCAAUUUGGGAAUCUCGUUUGCCUUUUCAGUUGGUCUCAUGGUCUUCAAUAAGUUUUUAUAUCUCAUGCCACUGCCCAGUUAUAUCACAGAUAAAUUUAGAGAGUGAAAAUAGAAGUAAAUUGAUAUUAUUCAUUAGAUGUAACAAAUGAAUCAAACGUAAAAUAUUAUUUAGAAAUUAAUCGUAUUUUAUUCAAAUAUAAAAUAAA